AUGGAUUGGUAAAUAAAAUUAAAAAAAAUUUAUAUGCAGCAUUAAAAUAUUAUUGGGAUGCACCAAUUGAUCAUUCAUUAGUUGCAACAUUACUUAAUCCUCGCUGCAAAUCAAUGAAACAAUUAGAUGAUUGGAAACGCAAUAAAGCUAUUAGUUUUUUACAAGAAAAUUACGAAUUGCUAAAUAUUGAAAAUAAAACUACAAACUCACCAAAUAAAGAACAAAAUAAGGAUCAGUUAAAUCUUUUCUCAAUUAUGUUUGGAUCAGAUAAUGUAUCAAUUAAAAAUGAAGUAGAACGAUAUCUCAAAAUUGAUCAA